GGGCGGGGACGUGAGGAGGGAGAGGAGCGGAGCGCAGCGAACACGCCGGAGUGUGCGUUUUAUUUAUUCGGCUUUAGUCUCCGGUUGGAUUCGGAUUGAUGCCGCGGUACCCGGGAAACCGCUGGCGCUGCGGGGAGAACAGUCCGGAUUGAAAGCCGGACUGGUUCUGGGACCAUUUGAAGAUCAGGUUUGUCUGUGUUUUUCCCUCCGAUGGCGCAGAUAAAGAGGAUGUGGGAGACACCGCCGAGGCGUUCGGGUGCGACUGAGCGGUUUUUGUCCCGAGGUGGAGUAGCGGAUCUUACAGCUGUGCUUGUGAACGUGCGGAGUGCUGGAGAGAGAAGGGCGAACAAAAGGGCCGCGAUGCUGCCGGGGUAAAAAUUGGACCGCGAUUUGCAAAGCGACGCAAUGGCUGAGAAUGAGACUAAUCUGAGGACGGCCAGGAUAUGGCGAGACGCAGCGUUACGCUCCAGAAAGCUGAGGAGCAACCUGCGCCAGCUCACUCUGAGCACCAACAACAGCCAGAAAAUCACCUUACCCGACGACAUUAAGGAGAUCGAAGUUCUCAACCUGGGCAAUAAUUCUCUCCAAGAGCUUCCCGAGGGUCUGGGCUCCACUCUGACCAAGCUUCGCAUCCUCAUCCUGCGCAGGAACAAGUUCACCUCCGUGCCCUCUCCGGUAUUCCAGCUCAGUCACUUGACCGAACUGGAUGUCAGUCACAACUGCCUGAACUAUUUCUCUGAGGACAUUGAGCAUUUGAAGGGCCUGAAAAAGCUCUGUGUGAGCCACAACAAGAUCCAAUACCUGCCUUCCCAAAUUGGGACGUUGCAGGCCCUCGAGGAGGUCGAUGUGAGCUUUAACGAUCUUCACGAUUUCCCCAGGUCCUUCACACAGCUCAAGAAGCUCAGGACGCUAGACGUGGAUCAUAACAAGCUCCAAAAUUUCCCGCCGGAGCUCCUCGCCCUCAGCGAUUUGGAAGAACUCGAUUGUUCAGGGAAUAAACUAGAGGGUUUGCCAGGCAAUAUUACGAUGCUGCAGUCGCUCAAGAUUUUGUGGCUCAGCGGCACGCACGUUUCGUCCUUACCCGAAACUUUCUGCGAUCUGCAGAACCUGGAGAGCUUGAUGCUCGAUAACAAUGCUCUCGCAGCUCUGCCACACUCGUUCGGAAAAAUGCAAAAGCUGAAAAUGCUCAAUCUGUCGUCCAACUCCUUCGAAGAGUUUCCUCAGGUUAUUCUCACAAUCACGAGCUUAGAGGAGCUGUAUUUGAGCAGAAAUAGGUUGUCGUUCCUCCCAGACGAACUUGGACGGCUGUGUAACCUCGCCAAUUUGUGGCUGGACAAUAAUAGAAUAACGUUUCUCCCAGGCUCCAUAGUGGAGCUUGAGAAACUGGAGGAGCUGGUUUUACAGGGUAACCAAAUUGCCAUCCUGCCAGACAAUUUCGGAAAACUUGCCAAAGUUAAUAUUUGGAAAGUUAAGGACAAUCCUCUGAUACAACCUCCCUAUGAGGUGUGCAUGAAGGGCAUCCCAUAUAUCGCUGCCUAUCAGAAGGAGCUCGCCCAUGCCCAGACUGCUGUGAAACCAAGACUCAAACUAGUUUUGAUGGGCCAGACAAACGCAGGGAAAACUAAGCUCAGGCAGUGCAUUGUAAACAAACCGUUAGACGCCAAGACAAUAACUGGUGGUAGAGGCAUCGAUGUGACGAACUGGGUAGCAGACGCUCACCGUAGUCUUACAUUCAUCGUGUAUGACUUAUCAGGGAAGCAGAAUUAUGAGCUCAUCAAACCUUUUUUCCUCUCGCCAGGCGCUCUGUACGUAGUGGUAGUGAACUUAAAGUUGUACACGUGUAAGACUUUCUACUCCAGCGUAGGGUAUUUUCUUCACCUGCUCAGUGCCAAGGUUCCUCAUGCAGUGGUUUGUGUUGUAGGAACGCACAUGGACCUCUGUACUGAGGCGGAACUGGAGGAAAAAUGCUUGGAUAUCCACCGGCAGAUCUCUCUGCAGGAAAAGAGAGACACAGAGGGUCUGCGAACAUUUGCUAAGCAGGUUGACGAAGCAUCGGAGCUGGACUACGAUGUCAGGGCGUCAAGUCCGCACGUGCUUUUUUACGGCGUCUCCGACAGGAACUUGAGACGGAAAAAAGCCCAGCUGCAGUACAUGCUAAACAAUCGACUGCAGAUCCUGUCCCCGGUGUUUUGUGCCAGCUGUGUCACGAUGCAAAAUAUCCAGCGCUUAAAGGAGAAGCUCAUGUCUGUCGCUGAUCACCGCGAGAUCUUCCCCAACCUUCACAGAGUACUGCCGAAGUCGUGGCAGAUGCUCGAGGAGCUCCAUUUUAAGCCGCAAGACCUGUGGCUGUCAUGGUGGGACUCUGCUCGCCUGGGCUUGCAAGCAGGACUGACGGAAGACCGUCUGCAAAGUGCACUGUCCUAUUUACACGAGAGUGGAAAACUGCUGUAUUUCGAGGACAGCGUAACACUUAAAGAAUUUGUCUUCCACAACCUGCCACGGUUCAUUGCCAUCUUGAACGUUUUCUUUCAGAAGGACCUUACCGCCAUGCUGGAGAAAUUACAGGCUGAAAGUGACACUGAAGAGAACGUUACUCCGUCCCAAAUCCAGCAUCACGUGGAAAGUUUCCUGCUGCACGGUCUGCUGCCCACCAACGUCAUCCGCCAGCUCCUCAAACCUCUUGUGCAGACGCAUCAGGAUUUGCACCUUAUUAUGGAGCUGCUUGAAAAGAUGGGAGUUUGCUACUGCAUGAACAAACCUAGGAGCAAACCACUAAACGGAGCUCCUGUGGUUUACAAAUUCCCCAGCCUGGUCAGCAGUGAGGAGCCCAACACUGAACCCUGGCACAAUGGUGGCUCAUCGGUCGCUGGGCAGUUUUUCUCGUUGGAACAGUUGAAGAUUGAGUAUAGUUUUCCAUUUCUUAUCCCCCCUGGACUUUUUGCACGGUUCAGCGUGCAAAUCAAUAGCCACGUGGUGCAACGUAGCGAUGGUAAGGAUUACAUCUUUGCCUACCGGGGUAAAGUGCCUGUGAUGGUGAACUACCGGCAGUCUCGAACCAGACUGCACCCGGAGACCCUCGCCAUUUCUAGUCACGCGUCUUUGCCAAAUAUCUGGACGGCUUGGCAAGCGAUUACUCCACUGGUAGAGGAGCUAAAUGUUCUUCUGCAGGAAUGGCCUGGUCUCCAUUAUUCUGUACAUAUACUGUGUUCCAAGUGCCUGAAGCGAGGGUCACCCAACCCACAUUCCUUUCCAGGAGAGUUGCUGAGCCAGCCUCGACCUGAAGGCUUGACCGAGAUCAUCUGUCCUAAGAACGGCUCGGAGUGCGUCAACGUGGCCCUCGUGUACCCUCCCUCACCCACUCUGAUCAGCCCCUGUCACAAAUAACACGAACAUCCCUUCCAGCACAGCACAGUGACUGUAAACACCUUCACACCCCCUGCGACACUUCCGUCUUUCCUGUAACACACACACACAACAAUAGAUGGCACUACAUCAUUGUGAGAUGUGUGCCUGUCCUGUCUAUACUUCAUGCGUGCUCAGAUGACGACAAUGCGAUGGGACGUUAUUCCACAGGAGCCACACCUUUUCAGCCACGUGCACCCAUUAAGACAUGAAGAAUCCCACACACUGCAACAGGUUAAAGAGCUUGUGCUGCUGGUGGUCAAAGAAAGGAUGUACAGUGCUAGAAUCUGUGGAGCUGAAGUCUUAGACCUGGGAUGGGAUGCGUGUAGAGAGAAGCUUGCUGUUUAAUCCAGUCACUGCUAAAGAGGGACGAAUCAGAGAAAACAAAACAAGCCAAGCUUUGUUCAUAUAUCAUGUUGAAGGAAGAAGGGUAUGCUCCUCGAAUUGUUGAACGAAGAGUUCACAGACUGAGUUGAUGGAGGAUUGGGACAAUCUGUUAUCCAACAUAAUAUAUUUGUAUAGUGGCGCUGUAGUGAAAUUGGCUACAGCGGUAGUAUAGUAGCAUGUAAACAUGUCGUCAAUCAAAAUAGUUUCUGCUUCAUUUCACACACUGCAUGUUUAUACACAGUAGGAGAUUUUAGAUUAAUGACGGAAAAGUCUUUGAAAUCAGUAAAACAUACAGUUUAUGGACAAAAGUUUGUGAACACCUGACCGUAAGAUUUGUUUGUGCUUUUUUUUUUUUACUUCCAAUUUCACAUUUAGUCUCCAAUUGCAGUUAUAAUAGCCUCCACUCUUCUGUGAGGAUGUUCCACUAGAUUUUGGUGUGAUUGUGGAGAUUUUGGUCUCAUACAGCCACAAGGGUGUGAGUAAAGUCAGGUACCAAUUUAAGGUGAUUUAAGUUCUUCCCAAAAUGUAAUGCUACCACAACCUAUACAUUUGUGAGGUAAAAAUUUGGGGAAGAACCACAUAUGAGUUGAAAAUGUCAUGUGUUCCAAUACUUUGGUCCAUAUAGUGUAUCUGCCAUCUUUGUUUUAUUCUGAUAUCCAGGUUAAACUAGAAACCAGGACCAAAGCAGGAAAAGCUACCAAACUCCACAGGCUCAGAGGAGUUUUAUUUCUGUAGAAAGUACCAAAUGUACGUUCUCUUCACAAGUGUACUAGGCUUUACAUUCAGACACCAAAACAACCUGACAACACACAUUCUCUGCAUUUCCAGCUUUAAAUGUUUACACAAAUUUAUCCCAAGCUGCUCGCUCACAAUCGCCGGCAGUGCUAAUGGUUAUGAAGAGGUACCGUAUUUUCUGGAUGCUACUCAAAUUCUGUCCACGUAGUUAAAAAAAACAAAACUCUAAACACACCACUGUGCAUAAUUAUAGCGUUUUAACUUCCUUUUCCUCUCAGUAUAACAGUUUUUGUUACAUUUUAAGUAAUGGAAGAAUGUACCAUAUCACAUAAAGCACUUUUCAGUAUAUAUUAUAGGUUAAUUAGUAUGUAUUGUUUAUGAGAGACACAUGCAUGUUCCUUUUCUUUAAGCAACAUUCAAUGGUAUGAAGAUUUAUUUUGACCAAACAAAUAUAUAAAUGUACAGAUGUUAAACUUUAACACUCCUCACUUAGCAUGAGUAAGAGAUUUACACACUCUUAGCAUCUGACCAGUGCGUUUUCUCUCGAUAGUUGGAUAUUUCUGUCCAGUUUAGCCCCAGAGCACUUCAAUAGGAUUAGGUCAGAUAACUGGACAGACAUGAUUGAUACCGCCCCAGGCCAAAUGUUUGCUCUCUGAAUAACAUUUAAAGAGCUUAGACUUAUGCUUCAAGUCAUUAUUUCUUUUUAUGGUAAAGUUGGUUCCAAUUAGCCACAGUAUGGAAGUAUGGAAUGGUCGCAACGCUGGUUCUGUAUUCCUUUCAACCAGAAAAAGUCUUCAACCCCUCCUGCUCCAAAACAACCCCAAACCAUUAAGCUUCCACCUUCAUGUUUGACUGAACACGAUGUUACCAGAAUUUUGACAAGCACUGUUUUUCUGUACUGUUUACUGCACUUUAUACUAUUUUUUAUAUUUUAAAACAUCACGCAAUAUCUGAGCAUUUUUCUGUAGAUUCUAUCUACAAGAUGUUUUCCACUAUAUAUGGGUAGGAAAGUCUUUCAUGUUACUUUAUAUUGCUUAAAUGUUGCAUUCAGUUAACAAAGUCUAAUGGUGAUGCUCAAACACAAAUAUCAUAAAGCUCAUUUAGAAUUCUGGAAAUGAAUUUUGUUGUGAAAUCGGUCAGAAAAUACGGUACCUUCCUGAGGAGAAAAAAGCACUGACCUGAUGUUUUUUUUUUUUGUCACAUCCUGAACAUCCAAAAUUUUCUCCAUACCUUUGCAAUCACACAGCUAUGGGUUCCAAUGAGAAAAAAAAAUCCCUGGUUCCUGUAAAAUUUGAGGAUAAAAAAUCCAUGGAAUGCUGACCGAAGCCUGAGCUGAAGGAUUAGGAACAGCCUACACACGUUUACACGUUUGUAAGAUAUCGCCACAAGCCAGGCAAGGACACUUUGUACAAACCAUAAUGAUGUGGAAAAAAGAAAGACUGCUCAUUCACAUCCUUUUUUAAAUAUCGCAUCAUUGUUCUUCUGGAAAAGGACAGAACCUGUGAUAUGUAUAUGUAUGUUGAUAAACAUUUUUUGUAUAUAAUACUUUUAUUUUUGUAUGUCGUCACCAAACUCGUAUGGUUUUGCUGCACACUGUGCAUGGCUACUGUGGGCUCAGCGUGGGGACAAACACACUUUCUGAGUUAGGAGCACGGUGAUCUGUCAAAAGCACCAAAUACAAAUAUUCAAUUUUA